AUGGAUUCAGCCUCAUCUACCGAGGAUAAUGAUUCCAGUGACAUCAACGUCGGCUACACAAUGGCUCUAUUAUGGGAGGAGUCCCAAAUCUAUCAUUCUUUGCUGGCGCCAAAAUGGCUCGACAUGCGUUGGACUAUCAAUGUGAAUAAUCUCAGCGCAAACGCAACUUCCUUCAUCUUGUAUCCAUCUCCACCAAAAUUCAUCUCGAACAACCCGGGCGACUCGAACGUCUUCACCUGCGUAUACCAACAGAGCAAGUCAAUAAAUGCGAAAACAGGUUCCACUGUGUUUGGGAUUGCCAUGCAAGGUGUCGGUACGCACCCAGUUGUCGUGGUCACAGGCUCCCCCAAUCACCAGUUGGAGCCAAACCUGGAGGUCUACGCAACUGAUACGUGCAACGCCUAUCUCGCUGAGAAACCCGAAACGAGUUGCACUAUGACCUUGACUAAAGACGCAGCGCCAUAUUUUACAACUAGUUCAAGCGGUGUACAUGAGAACAGCAAGUCACGAGACGCCUCCAUUCGCAUUUCGUGCGGAAGCUUUCCCGGCGAUACUCCAGCACGACCAUUUGUUGGCCUUGGUGCGCCAGCGCCGGUGGGAGUAGGCAUUGUGCCAAUCGUCGUGUGGAAAGCAGUCCCCAGCCAGAGUUUUAACCUGGCACCAAUGUCUAACAAAUGGAGGAUUACAAAGUCGACUAGCAAACCAAGAACAAUCUUGGAUCUCAGUUUACAGGAGCCAUCUGACUGGAUAGAGGUCGAGUUCACCGACGACAACCGGGAGAUACAGAUCAAUCACAACAACGAUGGAACUUUCUCGUUAUCCGGCGACGAGUAG